GUGGGUACGUCAUAAAUAAUUGAUUAUUGACCUGUAAAAAAUACUGGAAUGGACAGUUUCAGAAAAACUUGGAAAGAAUUGUAUGAACUGGUACAUAGUAAGCCAAGAGGCAGGAGAAAUCAAAGGGCGUGACUAUGCUAUGAUUUACAAAUCAGAGACAAAAAGAGAUGAAAACCAUACUCCAGACAGUAACUUAAUCAGACUCACAAGCAAGAUGUUAAAAAUGAAGAGGCUGGAAGGCAUAAAUACACAUUACAAUAGUAACCUGUUGGAGAAAAUGGCUUAUUUUCAGUGUGUAGAAAAACCUGAGACUGUACAGUGUUUUUUGAAGGAAAACACCAAUGAACUUGAUUCAGGAGCUGAAGAGAAUGAGGCAAAGGAGACAGUGUGGCAUCAUUUAAGUCUGAAGGAAGCCAUAUUAAUAGGUGGUACUGGAAGAACUGGAAAUAGAAGAGAUGAUUCUCUCUCUUUUUUUUCUUCCUCUUAUAGACGAUGUCCUGCUCCCCCUGCCCCAUUUGAUCACAGGAUUGUCACAACCAGACAGACAGCCGUGAAUAGUCUCUAUACUGUGAACAGGAGGGAAAUCUUAGGAGGAGGACGGUUUGGCCAAGUACACAAAUGUGAAGAAAAAGCCACAGGUCUGAAAUUAGCAGCCAAAAUCAUUAAGACCAGAGGGGUAAAGGAAAAAGAUGAAGUGAUGAAUGAAAUCAGUGUCAUGAACCAGCUGGACCACGUGAAUCUCAUCCAACUCUACGAUGCCUUUGAGUCCAAGAAUGACAUUGUCCUGGUGAUGGAAUAUGUGGAUGGAGGUGAACUGUUUGAUCGAAUUAUUGACGAAAACUGCAAUUUGACUGAGUUGGAUACCAUUCUCUUCAUCAAGCAGAUCUGUGAGGGGAUAAAACACAUGCAUCAAAUGUACAUCCUUCACUUAGAUCUGAAGCCUGAGAACAUCCUGUGUGUGAAUCGGGACGCCAAACAAAUAAAAAUUAUUGAUUUUGGAUUAGCAAGAAGAUAUAAACCCAGAGAAAAGCUGAGAGUGAACUUUGGGACUCCUGAAUUUCUUGCUCCUGAAGUUGUGAACUAUGAUUUUGUUUCUUUCCCUACUGACAUGUGGAGUAUUGGUGUGAUUGCCUACAUGCUGCUCAGUGGAUUGUCUCCUUUCCUGGGUGAUAAUGAUGCUGAGACACUAAACAACAUCUUGGCUUGUAGGUGGGACUUAGAAGAAGAAGAAUUCCAAGACAUCUCUGAAGAGGGCAAGGAAUUCAUCUCUAAACUUCUGAUUAAGGAGAAGAGCUGGAGAAUAAGUGCAAGUGAAGCCUUGAAGCAUCCCUGGUUGUCAGACCACAGUCUACAUCGCAGACUCAGCUCACAGGAAAACUGCUGUGGUUGCUGCCUUUCGAGGACAUUUUGGAAAAAUCAGCAGUUCUGAUGCUUUGACCCCAGCAAUGACUGGAGGCAUUUACCAAAUGGUGUAACUCCACCUCUUUAACUGUAUUACUAAGCUGCUUUAAAAAAAAAUUAAGUCAGGCAGCUUCCAGAAGAGGAAACCAACAGCUGCUGUUCCCAAGGAGGCGUAAAUACCAGAGCCCCACAGUCUUUACUUCACCUCUGAGAUGGCUGCAGUAGUUUACUUCGGGAAGACAAUUUUAUCUGCUGUCUUUUGCUGUCUCCAAUGAUGGAGCUUGUCAUAAUGUCAGCUGUUGCUCAGUUAGGCAGGUGGCCCAGAGCUGAAAUUGAUCUGAGAUUUUCAAACCUGAAAUUGUGUUUGAAGUAGAGGAGAAAGAAUGCUAACAAGUUUUAAACUAUGAGUAUUACAUGAUGGAGAUUUUUCGUGGCAAAAGUUCUUUUGAAUCUAGUAUGUACAGGAAACUUAUUACUUUGGCUUAUGUUACACCUGAAUUAUUAUCAUGGAAAGUUCAUUCAGGAUGAAAGAGUCGGGGAAAGGUGUCAAAGAGUGGAUCUGUUAUCCCCCUAGAUUUUCCAAACUUUGAUCUAAUUUUGUUAAGACUGCUGAAAUUGUCAAUGAAUGACUGUAUCCAAAUUCAACAGCUAGCAGGCAAGGUCUCAUUGGGAAAGGAAGGCAUUGCUUUUAGUCCUGGAGUGAUUUGGGGCACUGAGCCCAAAUGUCUGAAUAAAUUGAACUAUGACAAGUCACACAGGAAAGUGAAUUUAUAACUUAAAAGUAAGGAAAAUCAGUACAUUCACUUGUUGGCUGAUUAGGAUUAAGCAUUUAUUAAGUUCUUCUGUGUAUAAGGAAAACAGAUUCCCAGUUAGAAGCUUCAACCUAUUCCCUGAGCUAUUAAGCCAUUUCAUUAGAUAUUGAAUAAAGAAAAUACCUCUGACUAAUGAGCUCGUAUUGCACACAAACUAUACUUUUGGAAAAAAGCAGAACUCCUGCCACAGUCUUAAAAAAGAAAAACAUAAGAUAUUUUUAAAAUAAAAACAAUGCUUUCCAAAUUCUGUAUCACUUUCCAAAUUCUUUAUCAAAUGUUAAGUUCAGCCACUUUCUCCAUAUGUCUGUUUCCAAAUAGCUGUUGUGCUGGGGUCAGUUACAGUAAUGUCUUUGUUUUGGGUCACUGCUCUUUCUCUGAUACUGAAGGGGAUUGCUUUAUAAAGAAUUUGGUAACUAGCAUUGAAGGCUGAUUAAAUUUUCUCAACAUCCCUCAUAUUUCUAAUGUCCAUCUGACGAAUCCUUCAGAUAGGUCUUCAAAAAGGACAUAUGAAUAAAAUGUUUAUUCCCAUUUUACAGGUUUGUGGGAACUGUAGGCAAUUGAGAUUAUGAAAUUUGGCCACGGUCCCAUGGGAAGGUAUUGGGAAAGCCAGGCACUAAACUGCCUUCCUUCUCCAAAGUUCUUGUCAUCAUACUUCUCUCCUUUUUUUGCCUCUGGCCUAUUCAUUUUUGUUCCAGUCUUGAUUUCCCCUCCUGUUUUUACAUGACUAUGCUUAUAAUUUUUAAUUUGGUUUUCUUAUGGGGAAAAAAGAGAAAGAAACUGUAUGUCUGAGGUCUUAUAUUACUGGGCUAUCUUUAGCUGAUGAUAUGCAGUGUAUUUGGAAAGUUAUAAGCCAGUACAUGCAUGAAUAAUCACUUAUACCACAGGGUCCUGGCAUCCAUUCAAAUGCUAAAUAGGACACAAGGGUCUGAUUUUAAGCCCCUUAUGGAACAGUGUGUUCAACUAUGGAGCAAGGAAAGUGUACCCAGAUAUUCUCUUGCCUAGCUGGUUGUAACUCGAAUUUUGAUCCAUUUUAUCAUCUCCAUUUCUCUAAAUUCUAGCAUUGAAUUUGAGGUGCCCCAAGUCAAACUGAGGAGUUCUAGCCUUGUGAAAUUCAUCAGUGAUGACCCCAAAUGGUUCCUGGGUGUGAAGUACUUAGGUGUUUAGAAAUGAGUCUCUACUUUGGAAAUGUAUUUUGUUUAGAUUUGUGUUUUAAGAUUCACAGUUGGGUGGGAAAGUGCCCCAACCCCAGCUGAGUGCUCUUAAUAAGGAAGUUUGGAAGUGUUAGUUUUGCAGAGUUAAUUAUUUCAGUCUAGGGCUGUGGAGGAGUGAGACAUGAUUGGUUAGAACUAUGUUGCGUGACUCUGUACUUCUGUGGGGCUGAUCCAACUCUAUGUCCUUGUCGCCCAACGUUCUACCAUUCCAGCAAGUCAGGGACAUGUGUAGAGGUGUGGGGUUGCAAAGCAGAUGAACCAGGACAAAUAUAAGCAAGGACCUAAAUCACAGAGCAGAUUAUGUAUAAGCAAGUCAUUGUGAUCAACUUUCCAAGGGGAUUAAAAUGACCCUCUUAAUAAAAGAUUUAACCCUUAUUCCUCUUCCUAAGUUUCCCUCACUCUUAAUAACAAUGAAUAGCAUUUAUAUAGUGUUUUAAGGUUUGCAGAACACUUUACAUGUAUGUUAUUUCAUUUUGCUUUCCUAUUGGACAUCUCUAUCUAAUAACUUUGGAAAAUGGUUAAAGUUGAACCUUGAUUCUGCAUUCCCAGAACACAGGGAAGACAAACCUUGUGAUAGAGUGAGGGAGAAGUGUGCACAUUUGUAGUUUAUAAGACCCUAAAACUUAUCCAGAAUCUGUUCCCAGGAAGAUGAUUCAUAGUUCUGUGGUUGCUUUAUAAGUAGCACUUCAUUAGCUUCCCUGCUGAGCUGACUUUGUAAUCCUGACCUGCUGUGUCACCGUACACAUUUUUGCAUUUAUUGUUAAUGAUUCAUUAUCUAGCUUGCUGUUGACUUCAUUUUUUUCCCUCAACACUAACAAAAGAGAA